CUCGAAACCCUGCAUGAUCAUCUGGACCCGGUAUGUCUUCCAACCACUUCGGUGUGACAUGGCGAAAGGCUCUCGUAUCUUUGCCGCGACUCGUCCCCGAUUUCGUCUUGCACUGGACGUCGCCCGAGGGCCCGCACCCCGUCGUCUUCAGCAUCCCGUCCCGAGACUCGCAUGCAAUCCCACUCUACGUCUUCAUCCCGCCACGUCGCAAUCCACAUCACCACCGACCCGCGUCUGAGGGAGCGCAUCUCAGAGAGGCAUUGCACCCUCCACGAGGCACGGAAGACGAGGAGACGAAGCUGCCCGUCCUCAUCGACUUCCACGGCGGGGGCUUCGUCCUCGGGUCCUGCCAGGAGCAGGUGCCGUUCUGCGCCAAGAUGUGCCGGGAGCUGGACUGCGUCGUCAUCUCCGUCGACUACCGACUCGGCCCGGCCGCGCAGUACCCGGCGGCGCACUUCGACGCCGAGGACGUGGCUCGCGCGGUGCUCGACCCGACCAGCCCCGCGUACGGGGCCCUCCGGGCCGGCAUCGGGUCGGCGCUCGAGAGGCAAGAGCGAAAGGGCGUCGUCCUCGACGAGCGGAGGAUCGCCCUCUCCGGCUUCAGCUCCGGGGGCAACCUGGCCCUGAACCUGGCCCUGGGCACCAGGGACGACCCGACGGUCCACCGCGACUGGCCCAGCCCGAUCCCGUGGGGCCUCGAGGGCCACGUCCCGCUCCUGCUCUUCUACCCGUCCCUCGACACCCGGCUGCUCCCGCACGAGAGGCCCAGGCCCGAGGGCUACGACGCGCCCCCGAGCUUCGCCGAGCGGUGGAGGCUGGAGGCCGAGCUGAUGCCGACCUACCUGCCGGCGUCCAAGAGCGGCCACCCCAGGGCGAGCCCGGGCCUGGCGGACCUGAGGGCGCCGGAGGGGGGCGGCGCGGCCGGCCUCCACCCCAAGGCGAAGAUCAUGCUCGUCCUGCCGCAGUUCGACACGCUCCACCACCAGAGCAUCGUCUGGGCGCAGAAGGUCAACGACCAGGGGCGGGGCUCGGACCUGGACGUCGUCGAGGUCAAGGGCGUGAUGCACGGAUGGACGCAGUUCCCGGACUCGUGGCUGGACGACGACGGCAAGGCGUCCAAGUGGGCCAUGUUCGAGAAGGCCAGGACGUUCCUGGACAUGUACUGGAACGACGCCGAGGGGAAAGAGGUGGAUGUCCAACUCGUCGCCGGCGACGACGGCGACGUCGAGGUGAACUCGGUGACCUAGUUCGCUCGAGCUCCCUCGCCGUCGAAGUCACCCGUGGAUCCAUCAGCGCUGUCACCACGCCUGUGCGAAAGAACCGACUCCCAAACCCCCCUGAACGCCUCGUGUCACAAAACCCAACGUCCAGGCCUCGUCCCAAAAAAUCCCCCCUUCAAUCACAGCCUGUCGACCUUCCUUUUUUCAAAUCCGACCCAACACUUUCGACAUUAUCUAAUCUCAAUGGUAUACAUUCCGGAGAACAACAAUAACAACAACAACCAUGGAUAUGGCGUCCUAUGUCGACGUUGUCACUAUCAUAGGGUUUAUGGUGAUCAUCGCACCUAGCAAGAGCCUUGCCCGCUUGAUGGAAAUAAAGCGCAGCACCCAAAACCUUUUGCCAUCCGUUUUGAUCCACAACAAGGAAUUUUUUUCCCAAACAGAAUGAGAAGAAUAACAAUAAGCCGAGGUGUCAUGGAGUACUACAUUUUUACCAAGAUGACCACGGCGAGAAACGUCAGAGUCGACACGCUAUGGCGGAGAUGAUUAUAGUUACGUACGCGAGUAUAUCAUUCAACUCCUACCUUACCCGAGUCGGAUAAUAGACAAUGUACAAUACCAUGGGGGCGUGACAGGUAUAUAAAAAAAAACCACAAUACAAAGAGGACUUGCCCAAUACUGUACGUGCAAUGUAAUGUACCUCACGGGGUUUACCAAGGUACCUAGGUACGCCAACCUAGGCCCCAGGGUAACCAUUCCCCGUGAGGUAGGAUCAGGAAUGAGUCCUCGUG